GAUUUUACAAUUGAGAAGGACUUCUCAAUAAAACCAAACACGCACGGAGUCAACAGCUCCACCAAACACACACGGAGUCAACAAUUUGUUGGAGCUGUUGAGAAGUCCAUCUCAAUCGUAAAAUCACAAGUUUGACCAAACACUCUUUUCAUCUUCGUCUUAAGCUUCUCAAUCUCCAGAGUACAAAAGAACAAAUACCCCGGUAAUUCAUAUCUUCAGUAUCAUCGUCCCCUUUUCCAUUGUAUCACGGAAAUGAUGAUCUCUCUUCUUCAGAAAUUUAAACUUUUUCUUCUGUUUUUGAUCCCAAUCUUUGUGUUAAAUUUCGGAUACAUCACUUGCCAGUUUUACUUGCGUUUUCCCAAAUGUUUAGAGGGAUAUUCUGCCGACUCCAAUUAUCAAAAUUUAGUUGAAAACCUGAUGGAUUCUUUGUACUCCAAAUCUUCCGAUAACUUCUUCUACAAUGAAUCUUUGAAUGGAAUCUAUGGUCUGUUUCUCUGCAGAGGUGAUGUUGAUAGAGACACUUGCCAAGCCUGUGUCAAUAAUGCUACCCAAUUUCUGCCCAAAAAUUGCUCUUCUUCUCUAGGAGCAGUCGUCUGGUAUGAUGCAUGCCUGUUACGCUACUCCUCUAGCAACUUCUUUGGUGAAAUAAGUUUAGAUCCAGACUUCUGUAUGUGUAAUGAAGAAGAAACUAUUUCACCGGAAGAGGACUCUGAGGUGCUUAGUUGGCUAGAUAAUUCGACUGUGAAAGCUCAGAACUCAACAAUGCUAUUUGACGCUCAGAACAAAGUUUUGAAUAGUAAUAUGUCGCGGCCUAUUGAUAUCCUAACGCAGUGCAGCAGAGAUCUCAAUGGUAGUUCAUGUUACUCUUGUUUGAAGAAUAUUAAAACUGAAAUCAGGGCAUGGUGCCCGAGGCGCCCAGGGUGGCGUUGCUUUGCCCCGAGUUGCUUUGCAAGAUAUGAAAAAUACCCUUUCUUUCAGUCGAGCCCACCGCCACAGCCUGUUCCGAAUGCAGGUAUACCACCACAGCCUGUUCCCAAUGCAGGUAUACCACCACAGCCUGUUCCCAAUGCAGGUAUGUACUAAUUUAGGACAAAUUUUAAGUGGUCAUAUUAAGUUUCCAAACUAGACUCUUUUAAAAGAAAAAUUGUGAUUGUUUGGAGUAAUAUAUGUAGGAGCAGGGAAUGGGAGAAAAAGCACAAAGAAGAUUGUGAUCAUCUCUGUAUCAUCAUUGGCAGCUGUCUUUGUAUUCAUUUUCGCUGGUUUCUUGUGUUUUUCAUCCUGCAGGAAGAAAAGACUGAAAGGUAGAUACAAAUAGUUCUUUUUUUUUUUUUUUGGGAUAAAUUUAAUUUUUUAUC